AUGCCAAAGCUACGAUCCAUUUCUGUCCUCGCACUAUUCUUUGCAUGUUCCGUGAUCACAUAUGCGGCGCCUCAAUCAGUCGAGGAAUCGGAUAUCAUCUGCUACGCUGAAGACGUAGACAAGGCAAUAUGCCUGCAGAAAGAUGCCCUAGCAUUGAUCGAUUACCUUCGUUUUGACGCUCCAGGCAGAGACGUGGAGAAUAUCUUGACCACGGACAUGGCAGCACAGGGUCCAAAUAUCAUACACCCACCCUACGACAUCACGCGCCCUGGCAAAGUGGGUACCUGCAAAAUAACCCUAAAAUUCAACCUACCCCCUGUGAGCCCAGUCAGACGAUACCAAGACAGAUUUACGAUCACUAGUGUCGCUCAGAGAGCGAGGUUCAUCUUUCAUCGCUGUCCAUGGGACGUCGCGAAUAUUGAUGGGUUAGGACGAGGUGGUAAGAUGCUUGGUGGCGAUAGACGGAUAAUUGGUGUGAAGUUGAUUUCGGCUGAGGAGCCGGAUGAUGUUGGCGAUAUGGACUCCUUCACCGGCAAUAUAACCGUACUGUGA